CCUCAGUGGCUCCAUGGCGGCUGCGGGGUGAGAAUGCGGGCAGUGUGUCUGUUCAGGCUGACGGUCGGUCACAGGGGAAGAGUUCACGGAGCGGUGAGGAAAAACACAGUCGGCUGAUGUCCGAGGCGAACAAAUAACCGAAUUCCGAGAUGGAGUGUCGUUUUGGCAAAAUGGUGGACCGGCAGCAGCGGGCGCCAAACACGGCCGAGCUGCCCUCGAACCAAGAUGGCGAACGGUCCGACGGGGAAGAAGAACUGGCGCCGGAGUGCGAGGCCGGUUCGGAGGCGCAGAGAAGCAGAGGGUCUGACGCGAAGCCCGGCGGCUCCUCCACGGUUUCCGCCAGACUAGCCGAGGAACCACCGCGGCUCAAUUUUCAUAUUCCGAGGAGGAACAAAGAAAAGAGAGCUCUGAUCCAGAAUUUGUCCUCAGACUCCAGAGAGUUUGGUGAAAUUCUGAAAAUAAUCACGUCUAGCUACAAGGAUCCUUCCUCAGUAGGAAACUUUGUGUACUCCAAACCUCGCCUUGUACAUAACGAUCUUCUGGAAAAAGAAUUCAUCGAGAAGAGAAAAGAACUGAAGCAGGAUGGACGCACAGACAAAGAGCUUGCAGAAUCUUUUUGCUUCUUGCUUUGUGAUGCCCACAAGAUACCUUUGAUAUGUGAAAAGGGUUUGUCAGUUGGCAGCGGCUGGAUGACCAUUUUGGGAAAUGCCUCUAAAGGUAUUUACCUGUGUCAGUUCUCUGAUUUACUUCAAGUCAGUCCCCAAGAGCCUGGAUCCACUGGAGAGAUAAUCGUUUUUAAAGUAAUGAAGGGUAAAGUGAAGAGCAUACAUGACAACAUGGCAAGAACUUUGGAUCCUACUCCCAAAUUUGAUAGCCAUUUCUCCAAGAACGCUAACCGGGUGACCUCCCUGCAGUCUUAUAGAGCGUUUGAGUACACUCAGCAAUAUUUCUAUGAGUAUGUGGACUUUGAGCUUGCAUCCAGGCCAAGACAUGUGUGCCCGUAUGCUGUAAUCUCCUUUCAGUUCAAAGGCAAAGAGACAACAACAGUGGGCCCUAAGCUCAUGCCUAUGCAAAGGUCAAACAGUCUGACAUCAGGAAUAAGUAAAGAUAACUCUGGUUAUAUUGUCUGGAGGGGGCAAUUUGUAAAUAGGGGCAAAGAAGUAUACCAUUCAAGCCUUCGGUCCCUCUCUCAACCCUUUCUGCCUUUCAAACUCCCAGAUAGGGUGGAGAUCGGUAAAGUCAUGAAACUGGACCAAGUAAAACUGAGCAUUUCAUGUUCCCUUUUCUCCUGGGACCUUUACUCGGGCAGCCAUGAAGUGUUUAAGAAAGGACUGCACUGCAGUCUGUUUGAAGUGGUGGUAGAGAAAAACAAAUCCAUGGAAAACUUGACUCAACUGUUUCAGAAGCUUGAAGAAGAGGGAUUGGUGUUGGUGAAUUUAGUGAAUGACAACGGUUUCUUCUUCCUGCUGUCCUCAAAUCAAAUGUCCAACUCAAAUGAGCGCCGAACUCCUUGGAAAAAAUCCUGUGGACAAGCUCUUUUUAUCUACCGUCAUGCACGGGAUGUGUCAAAGUUCUCGUCUAAACCCCUUGCUGCCAGCACCCCUUUGUUGCCUGUGCCCCAGGACCCUAUAAUGCCGCAUCUGGAUAGCUUCAUCCCGGCAUUCCACUAUGCGCUUGGCAAGGUGCGCUGCAACCCUCCAGCUAACCUUGGUGCUGGGGUGGAACAGCAGGUCCAUGACUACCUCAGCAGCAUCCGCGAGGGCAAACUCAUACAGCGAGUCAGGCUCGACUAUGAUCACAAACUGGAUGAGAGGGAGAAGCUCUUCCCUGCUCCGAGGCAGAAAUACAACUGGGAAAACUAUGUGCGCUCUUACUUCUAUAACCCCCAUCUGUUCACAAUGCCUGUUGAGAAUGCUAAGAAAAUGGUGGAGGAGCUCAGGUGUGUUCCAGAGUCUAGUACAGACUCUGAGACGGCAGACGGUAUCGAGGUUCAUAGUGACCCAGAGAGACUGAAGGAACUCUUAAAACUCAUUCAGAUUAAAAAAAACCUGGCAGCCAAGCAGAAAGGGAAUGAAUCAGAUGAAGGUGCCUCCGAUACUCAUGGUCUAAAGAGAAAGUCAGAAGAUGAAGCUAAUGAGACGAGUCCAAAGUGUAUGAAGAUGGCCCCAGUCAACAAUCGACAACCUGGAGAAGGUGCAGCUGAGGAGCUCCAGUCCAGUCCAUCUCUGACUGAUGUGUUGAGUAGCAUCGGCCUUCAUGACACGGACCUGAGAAAGGACAAGACUAAAGGGGUAUUGAAGGUGGUCAAGUUAAUAGACAAGCUCAGCCAAAACACUCAUGACACAGAUUUGAGGAAAGACAAUGGUAGUGCAUUAGUUAUGAAGAUGCUGGGGAACCUGAGUAAAAUUGUAGCAGGCUCAUGUUUGGCUAAGACUGAUCAAGCAGAAACGGUGGACAGUACCAAGGACACAGAAGCAACUCUGUAUGACAGCAUAAAGAAGCUUGGUCUCCCCACCAACUGUGACAUUGACCUUAGGAAGCAAAUGGCAGAUGAUGAUCAAGAAGCACAAGGGAAAACUGAUCUUGAGAAGACGCCUGGAAGAGUCCGGGCAAAGAGAGCGCAGGUGCAGACUGAAGAGGAAGAAACUGCUGGCAGCCUAAGUAGCCUGGAAGCAUUCAGUCCCUGCUCAGAUACUAACGGACAGCAACGUGGGGUGAACUUACUUGGAGAAAAGUCAAUCCCAUGGGUUUUAAUUCCCAUAACAGGUCUAAAGACUGAGAGAUAUUCCCAUAGAAGAGAUGAAAAUGUUGAUGACCCCCGUUACCUGCAAAGCCCUACAGUUUUGACCCACGCCAGUCCGGAGAAAAAGGAUCUUUCCCGACCAGAUCAGCCUGACAGCAGUAAUGUGGUGACUGAACCAGAGCUCGAGGCUGUGGAAGAUGAAAACACCAAUCUCACUGACGAACUGAAAGUUUCCCACAGUCAAGAGCAGAGAGGGACUCCACUAAGUGGUGUUGACUGCAUUGUGGAUGAGCAAAUCUCCGGCUUCUCCACUGAGGUGGAAGACCUUUUGCGAGAGGAAUGUGUGUAUUACAUUCCCUAUUCUAGCUCUCAAGCCCAUAGAAACCCACCACAGACUCCUAUGGCACCAUUCUCUGAGUAUGUCUCGCACUUCAACACACCUUUGCCUGUUCACAGUUACAUUAAAUCAUUCAGAGAUAGCAUUAGCGCUUUCAUAGACUCCCAGCAGAAUACAUGGGAUGACACAACACAUGUGGUUUCAGUUUUCCCCUCUUCUGUUUCUUACUCUGCCCCAGAAGUUCAACCUUCUGACCUUCCUAUUUCUUCUUCUCUGCACAUUCAUACACCUCUUCAAUCUCCCAGCACUGUCGCUACUGUGAAACCUGCUUUAGCUUCUAAUCUGACCUCCAGCUCUUCUUCUAGUACUCACCCCCUAAUUCCUUCUUCUAGUCCAACUCAGAGUAAGCAAGAGCAGGCAAGGCUACCUCAUCUGGACAUCUGUAAAGAGGUCCACCAGCCACCUUUGCAGAAUAUGCAAAGGACAAAUGGACAAAGGCAGGCAGAACAGAGCUCAGUGAGACUUGAAAGGCAGGAAGGUAGGACUCUUUAUGAAUCUGAAGGUGAGGUUUCAGACGGGUCAGUCGGCAGUCUCACUGUGGAAGCCCAAUCUCGGUUGGUUCUGGGUGCAGGAGAAAGCAUGGCUAACUCCAGACUGGCAAAUGAGAGUGUGGCUGUGGAACCGGCUCCAGCUGCCAUCAGCAGUCUCAUUAGUCAGCUGCAGCCUGAGGUGAUCAGCAACCUGGUGAAGAUCAUCCAAGGUGUACAGAAGAACACUGUCCACUUCUACAUUCAUUCUGCUGAUGAGGAGAGUGAUGUUUGCUGGGAAAUAAAGGAAUACCUCAAGAGGCUUGGAAAUUCAGAGUGUGAUCCUCAGACAUUUCUCGAAAAAAAAGACAGUCAAGACAAACUUCUUAUAAUCAUCCAAAAUAUAGACAUUGCUACCCAUGUUCAUAAGAUACCUGCAUUAGUCUCUCUGAAGAAGCUGCCAUCAGUAAGCUUUGCUGGAGUGGACAGUCUAGAUGACAUCAAGAAUCACACCUACAAUGAGUUGUUUGUUUCUGGGGGCUUUAUUGUCUCUGAUGAAUUUGUCCUUAAUCCUGACUUCAUCAAACAGGAGAGACUUGAAACUCUUCUCCAGUAUCUUGAGGAGCUUAACACACCAGAGAGUCCAUGGAGGUGGCGGGUACAUUGUAAAACUCACAAAAAGGUCAAAGAGCAAAGCAGGUGUAACAGUGAAGCCUUGAAUAUACUGAACCUGCUCACAAUGUACCACAAGAAACAAAUAGUUGAGUUCUUGUCUUAUCAUGAGUGUGAUGGUCAGUCACGACAAGCUCCUGACCUCAACUGUCUGGUAAAGCUUCAAGCUCAGAACAUCGGACAGCGCCAUGUAAUAUUUCUCACAGAGCGCCGAUUUGAGAUGUUUCCACAUUACUCCAGCAGUGGCAUAGUCAUUGCAAACAUUGAUGACAUUCUGUAUAAUAUGGCCAGCCUGAUUGGUGAAGCCUGUGACAAACUACCAUCUUCGAAUCUGCAUUCCUGUCCUACAUCACCAAUAUUGAGGGAAGAGGAAAUGAACCUGGGUUCUGAAAUGGACGCCUCAACCCGAAGAGCGUUGAACCUCAUGGGCAGUGCAUCUUUUGCUCCAGGCCAAGAAUCUGGUCUUACAGCUGAUCCAUACGCAUGUGUAUUAGUUGGAGACAAAGGAAGUGAGGUUUCUUUGACCUCUCCUGCUAGUGGGGCAUCAAAGGGAUUAGAUUUUGAGGCUUUGAAAGCGGCGAUAUCUCAAAUCAGGGUGGCCAGAAUGCAUGCAGGUUCUUCACAAGGCCAUUUAUCACAAGAUUCCUUCAAUGUUAAUCCUCAUGAGAGCUUUCUCGGUCAGGGGGCCAUGCCCUCAGAGUGUAGCCUUCUUUUGGACAAAUCUACAGCUGAAGUCCUGUCGCAUGAAUCUGCAUCUGGUCAUUCAGAAACAUCAUCUACUUUAGAACAUGCCACUCUGUCCCAGGAUGGUGCUAAAGAUGAAGCUUGCCCAGGAACAGGUAGCACCCUGCGAGUGGCGGCUGUAUGUGGCCUGAACGAGCUGCCUGCACCUGCCCCAGUAGUUUCCCCUGGAACAAACUUUGUAGUCACUGAGACCACCAGCAACAUUUCUACUGACAUGCAACCUACCUGGAAUCAAACAACUGACAAAGACACUGCUACCCAAAUAAGUCCAAAGAUCAGUGGGGCUGAGAGUGAUUGUGGUCAGGAAAAGAACGCAUCAGAAGCGGCUACCUCAGAGAACCUGAUGCUGUCCGCUGAUUCCUCUAGCACUCAGUCCAAGGACAAUGCUGUAACUGUGAUGGUUGGCAAUGGGAAGCAUGGCAGCAACGCCGGCCUACUUCCGGUGCCUGGAACUGUGGCUUAUGGUGUGAACAAUACCUUAGUUAGUGUGGACAGGAUGUUGCUGCAGAGCAGCACUUUGUGGCCUCAAGGAUCUGUGGGUCUAAACAGCCAAGGACAUCCCUCUCAAAAUGGUGCUAUUGGACUGACAUCAAUGGCCAAUAGCCUAGGUAUGGUCACACAUUCAGGCCUAAGAGGGUUCCUGCCAAACAACAACAUGCAGAUGGCCUUCAACAGCUUGGCACAAGGGGCAGCUUCAAACGUCUGGGGUGUUCAGCAAGGUGUGGGCUUAGGACCGGUUCACCGGGCCCAGUUUAUCCAGAACUACACCUGGCACAGCAAUCCCUCUUUCCAAGGAAAUGGAUAUCCUCCUCGUAGAGGAGGCUUUGGUGGCUGGUGAGCCAGCACUGUGUGUAAAUAGUUUAAUCUUGUAAAAUUUUUCUUUUUUUUUUUUUUAUUAUUUUCUCUUUGAAAGAAAAAAAGUGAAACAUUGUCCAGUCCAAAAAAGAUGUGUAAAACCCUGUAUCGUUUCACAUUUUGUACAUAUUUGUAUUCGCAAAUUUUGUUAAGAUAAUUGUCUGGUUUACUGGUUUCUUUUUGGAAAACACUACAGGCAAAGGGGUGUAUGUGACCCUGGUUUUAAUGUUAACAUUAUUUUUUUAAAAUAAGACUAAAACAAGGACAUUGAAACAAUUGUAGCAGCUGUUUUGUUAAUUGUCUCUGAACAGGGAGUAAUUUCUUCACUUAUCCAUAUAUAAAACAUUGAAUUUCAAGAUGUGGUUUGACUCUUUGUUAUUACUCUGCUUGUUGCUCAUUUUCUAAAACAGCUGCACGUAGCAGGAAUGUUUUUAGUGUCUGUCAAUUACAUGGUGUAAUCUGCUAAUGUAUGGCCUAUUUCUGUGUUCAUGAUGGUUGGGAAGCAUACUGUAGGCAAAAAAAAAAAAAUUCAACCAUGUGUUUUCUGCCAUAAAUGCAAUAUGUUUUCUGUGUGCACUCAUAACUGUUGUGCUGUCAGUCCA